AGAGAAAAAUAUUGAAGAUAGAUAGGAUUGGCACGUGAACGUAAACUUCUCAUAACCAUAAUUAUUUUUUAAAUUACUAAAUCAUGAUAUAAUACCGAUCUGACAUAGUUUCAUUGUAAUCAAAUAGACACGAGAUUUUUUUACCUAAACAUUAAGUUCUUAUACGGUAAGUGAUUUUUUGACCUAAUUUUUUUUUAAAUGAGAUCAGCUCAUUAGUAAACAAAUUAUAUAAUCAACAAAAAAAUAAAAAAAAUUGUUUAAAAACCAAAAUAUUAAUUCAAUCAAGAAUAUAAAUUUAUUUUUUGUAUAAUAUUUUAAAAAUAAGUUUUAUAUAAAUUUAUCCUGCAGUCUUAUCCUAGUAUACAUUAGAAAAGGAUAUUUAUGACCAAAACGGUGGUGGUGGUCCAUACCGGAAACACAUGUCGAUAAAGAUAUAAAUCGUAAAGAUAUUAAGUUAUUAGCUAAAAUGAUCACUGCACAAGUAACGGCUCAACAACCAGAAUAGAAACGUUUCCUUAGAAAAGUAGUGUGGUCGAGUCUUGCUUUCUGAAUAUUUACAUAUAUUAUUAUAUAUACUAUAAAAUUACUCGAGCACACCUUCAUUUUAAGGGAAGUGGUCAUAUUUUCUUUACAUGCAAUGUACAGAUUGGUUGAGUCAAUAUAGCACAUGCAUGGUGUGCAAUAAAAUUAAAUUAAUAAUCUUGUGUACAGCCUUUUAUCUUCCUUGUUAUAUAAACCCUAAUUUACAUACCAAGAUCAAUUGCCAAGAUUCAAAAAUAUAUGAAGAAUUAUUUUUUGGUAAAAUAUAUGAAGAAUUAUAUCAAAACCGAAGAAAAGAACAAGAUAUGAAAGUACCACAAAAGCCAAAGAUAAUAUUCAUCCCUUACCCGGCGCAAGGCCAUGUCACUCCGAUCCUCCACCUCGCGUCGGCCUUCCUCAGCCGUGGGUUCUCCCCUGUCGUUAUGACUCCCGAGUCUAUCCACCGUAGGAUCUCGACGACUAACGAGGAUCUUGGGAUCACGUUCUUGGCCUUAUCAGACGGUCAAGAACGUCCGGACGCACUUCCCUCGGACUUCUUCUCCAUAGAGAGGUCGAUGGAGAACAUCAUGCCGUCUCAGCUUGAACGAUUCCUACUAGACGAAGACGCGGGCGUGGCUUGUGUUGUGGUUGAUUUGUUGGCUUCGUGGGCUAUAAGAGUGGCUGAUCGGUGUGGUGUUCCUGCUGCCGGAUUCUGGCCGGUGAUGCUCGCUGCUUACCGUAUGAUCGAAUCCAUACCAGAGCUAGUAAGGACAGGCAUAGUUUCCCGAAAAGGCUGUCCUCGACAACCAGAAAGACCAUUACUCCUACCGGAGCAACCGCUCCUAUACGCCGGAGAUCUAUUGUGGCUUAUCGGUACUCCGACGGCUCAAAAAAGACGAUUCAAGUUCUGGCAGAGAACUCUAGAACGAGUAAAAAGUCUCCGGUGGAUCUUGGUAAACUCCUUCAAAGACGAAUAUGAACGUGAAUUCAUUAUUAAAGACAAUAACAAUCCAAACCCUAAAAUUCUUUACGUUGGUCCAUCACAUAACCAAGCAGCAACAAGUGAUAAAACUUUGACCAAGAACCCUAGUUUCUGGGAAGAAGACAGAUCUUGUCUUGGUUGGCUACAAGAACAGAAACCAAACUCAGUUAUUUACAUCUCAUUUGGAAGCUGGGUUUCUCCAAUAGGAGAAUCAAAGAUUAGAACGUUGGCAUUAGCGUUGGAAGCGUCAGGAAGACCUUUCAUUUGGGCAUUAAACCGGGUUUGGCAGGAGGGACUUCCACCAGGGUUCGUCCAUAGAGUCAAGAACCAAGGAAGGAUCGUGCCAUGGGCCCCGCAGAUUGAAGUUCUUAAGAACGACUCAGUUGGUUGUUACCUGACUCAUUGUGGCUGGAACUCAACCAUGGAGGCGGUGGCAAGUUGUCGGAGGCUAGUGUGUUAUCCCGUAGCCGGUGACCAGUUUGUGAACUCUAGAUACAUUGUGGAUGUGUGGAAGAUCGGGGUGAGAAUAAGCGGUUUUGGAGAGAAGGAGGUUGAGGAUGGGUUGAGGAAAGUAAUGGAGGAUGAAGAGAUGGGUGAGAGAUUGAAGAAGUUGAGAGAUAAAGCAAUGGGGAAUGAAGCUCGUUUGUGUUUGGAUAAUACUUUUACCAUUUUCAAGGAUGAUAUUUGUGGAUAAAAUAUUUGAUUAUCAUUUUGAUUGAACCAUUGCAUUUUUUGACU